CAACCUAACAAAAUUUCCUUUGCGUUUUGACCGUCAGUCAGUCUCUCCACCCACCCCUUUACUUUCUUCACUCUCUCCUCACCUUCAUCCGACGGACCAGGACGAAAGCGACAUGGCUGAAUCUCCAUCUCAGACUGCCUCACCGACCGCCUCUUUCGAUACUGACACGACACAGUAUUGGUGCUAUCACUGCGAGAAACACGUUUCUAUAGAAACCCUAGCCAAUCUUCCUGAUGUUAUUUGCCACGAAUGUAAAAACGGCUUCGUAGAAUCAAUCCCCGCUCCAACCUUCUCACCACCUACACUGACUCCUGAUAACAUCGAUGAUCCUUCUUUUGGAUCUCAGUUCCUUCAUGUUCUCCGUUUAAUCGCUCAGGCAGCGCGAGAGGAGGACGAUGAUGACGAUGCGAACGAGGAGGAGGGAGACAAUGAAGACGACGAGGAACAUGAAGCAGGUGGAGAAGAUCAGUUCGGUAACGAGAACGAAGAGAACAGAGAAAUUGAUGACGAAGAAAGUCUGAGACGAAGGCGACGUGAAGAACUCCGUCUCCGGAUCCGAGACUUCGCGACACGAGCAAGAACCGGACGGAACCGGAUCCUGGAAUGGACUGAUAUUCUGAUGGGUCUAGAAGACAACUCAAUCGAAUUUCGUCUAGAAGUUCCAGAAUCGGACCGUUACAUUGGUAAUCCUGAGGACUACGUGGACGCCGCUGACUAUGAAGCUUUGCUGCAGAACUUGGCUGAAAGUGACGGUGGACGGAGAGGGGCCCCACCUGCUGCAAAGUCAGCUGUAUUGGAGUUACCGACAGUGGAGAUAUCGUCGAAGCAGGAGGCAAUUGUGUGCGCUAUAUGUAAGGACGUGGUCAAUGUUGGUGAAACGGCGACGAAGUUACCUUGUGCACAUUUGUAUCACGGGAAUUGUAUUGUGCCGUGGCUAGGUUCCAGGAACUCAUGUCCAGUUUGUAGAUUCGAGCUGCCAACUGAUGAUCCUGAGUACGAGGAGGAAAGGAAUAAGAGAGUUGGAGUCGGUGGAGCUUCAGUCUCGUCCAGAGAGAACACGAAUUCGGGCGGGUUGAUAUGAAGUGGUAUCCUCUCUAGUUAUGUGAUUUUCUUUUUUUCUUCUUAAUUUCUGGUUAAUGGACUUUUGGCUUUUUAUUUGCUUGUGAAUUUAACCCGAGUGAUUUUUUUUUCCUUUUAAAGUUUACUGUCCGUGUAUAUAAAUAUUGGUUAAAUAUGGGACGCUUAAUGUCAUGUGCAACCCAAUUCUAUACUCUGAUGAUUGAAAUAAAAGCAUAUGAGGCAUUGCAUUCA